GUUCUAACCGCUGCACACGUAAUUGCGGACAGCAGGUAUUUGCAGGUGCAGCGCACGAACGAUCGCUACAGUGGUGAGAAGUUCCGUGCUCAUGUGGCUGCUGUUUGCCAUGAGAUCGACCUGGCCUUGCUGACAUUGGAGGAAGACGUCGUGUUGGAGGCUGUCAAAGAAAUUGCUCAGCAAGUGCCUGAAGGUCAAGGUUGGUUGAUGGAUCCGGCCUUUUUCUUGCAGAUCGAGGACGCGGUGUCCGAGAUGGAGGAAUUGAACUCAAUUACUUUCGCAGCAGAUUCAGGUGAUCUCGAAGGAGAGUGGAAGGUGCUCUUUAGCUCUUCCAAUAGUUUGAAUGCUGGUACUUUCGGCCUUCUGAACGGUGAGGCACGCCAGGUCAUUCGCACGCGGGAGAGAAAGCUGGUCAACACAUCAUCUUUCUGGCUGGGCUUGUUCCGAAUGGAGUGGACCACGUCUUGGAAAUCCAGGGGCCCUCUCGGUAUGGUGGUGGGCCGGGAGGAUUGGUACCCUAUUCUCCUCGGCUUUCGCAUCGGCUUGAUAUCAGCCUCAACAGAGGGAAUCGUUGAGUGGAAAUGCACAUACACGGACGAGAACUUUCGCAUCUUCCGUGCCUCCAAGGAGAUGGAGCCUUUGAUCGUGGGAUCUGCUACGGAGCUGCCGCGUGUUUUCGACAAGGUUAGAGUUGUGGGCUACCCUGUUGGUGGUGAUGCCUGCAGUGUGACAGAGGGAGUCGUCAGUCGUGUGGAGGUACAAGAGUACUCGCACUCUUUGCGGUUUGGGCUGGCCCUCACAGUCGAUGCAGCCAUUAAUAGUGGCAAUAGCGGUGGGCCUCUGGUGGAUGCUUCCACAGCACACGUUGUUGGGGUUGCCUUUCAGAAAAUGGUCGCCAAGGGUGUCGAGCUCCAGGGGCACGCCGUUCCAUCUCCGGUGAUUCAGCGAUUUCUGGAGGAUGUCGCCAGCGACAGUUCGGAGAGCAGUGACAGCACGCAAACAAUUCGUUUGCGAAUGCCUUCGCUUGGUUGCGACUACCAGUCCCUGGAGCCAGUGGCAUUGCGAGAACAUCUCAAGUUGGAUGGUCGCAGAGGCAUUUUAGUCAGCAGGCUGCACAAUGCGAGCCCCUGA